AUGGUUCCUGGCUCGGACUAUGUCCCUCGCAGGACGAACAAAAGCUCAGCACAGAGUCAUCGGGGUCGUAAGACGGUGAACCGAGGUCUUUUUCGCACAAUUCAACAGACAAAAGUCGAAGGCAACCCUCCUGCGAUAUCCGAUGAGGCCAAUCUAAGAAUCCCUUCGACCCGCCUUCUCAAACGAAAUAAAAGCUUUUACAAUAUUUUGCGGCGCCCUUGUAAAGAGGCCGCGGCUCCCCGGGGCGCCGCUGCGCAAAAGAGAGAGAGAAAGAGAGAGGCUCACUCAUUUUAUCGCGGCCCACUGCCUCCAAUCUCAUUUGACAGCCUACCUAUUCGGUUCCCCAAUCAGCACUGCCCUCUAGUUCCUGUGCCCGGCUAUCAUCGCCUCAAUACUCUCCCCUCACAUUCUCGACUCUUAAGUCUAAUAUUUUCUACCUCACCGCACACAGGACAAUUUACCAAUUUACUAGUUUCUGAAGCCUCCGGACUCUUCUGCCGCCUUGCCCUCGACCUCGUUGUGGAUGCUGGAGUACGUGGUGGCUUGGCGCGAUUUAUUAAUCAUUCGUGCGAGCCGAAUCUGGAGGCGCAGACCUGGUUUGUCUCCGGUCAGAUUCGUGUCGGUAAGCGACCAUAA